UCUCAUUCUUCCAGUCGUUGCUCCACAUUGCUCCACGCGGAUGCGGUGCAAAGAGGGAUGACGGUGUCCGCCCACCGCGGACUGAUGUGGGUCGAUCCUUCUGUGCGUGCUCGCCGUCGGUUCGUAUAUGGUCACCCGCACAAAUUGGUGCGACGAGAUCAGCGCAAUCGAUGCGAUCGGCACAGGCACAGGUCAUCAGACGAUUUAUAACGAGGAUCCGCGCAUCGAGACGCGCGGCUCCGAUCUCGAUACGAGAACAUUUCUUUUCUCUCUUUCCGUAAACAAGGAGUUGCAGUUACGCACAUAAGCAUUACGCAUAUAGGUACGAAUAAUAAGAUUGCCACGCUGGUGUUAGUGUCAGGAACAUGGCUAUAUUUAGCGUAUGACGGCUGGUUCGUUUCUCGGAGCCACGAACGACGACGGGUUGGCGAACGUCGCCGACUUGAUAUAGCUCGCUCGCGGAGUUGCCCGUGUGUUUAUCUCGCUUUAUGAUAGCAACGCAAAAAUGGAAGAUAUAUUUCAGUGGUGUCGCGAAGGAAAUGCCAUGCAGGUCCGCGUCUGGCUGGAUGACACAGAGCACGAUAUGAAUCAAGGGGACGAUCAUGGAUUUAGUCCUCUUCAUUGGUGUGCUAAAGAAGGACACUUCAAAUUGGCAGAGUUGCUGGUCAGUAGAGGAGCACGCAUUAACGCUACCAACAGAGGUGAUGAUACUCCAUUGCAUCUAGCUUCAGCACAUGGACACAAAGAGAUAGUACAGUUGUUGCUUAGAAACCGCGCUGACGUAAAUGUCACAAAUGAACAUGGAAAUACUGCCUUGCAUUACGCUUGCUUCUGGGGAGAUCAGGCAGUUGCUGAAGAAUUAGUCGCAGCCGGUGCACUCGUAUCCAUCGCCAAUAAGGAUGGUGACACACCUCUUGAUAAAGCCAGAGGCAUCAUGGCCAAGAGAUUGCAUGACUUAGCAGUUGAAUACGGACAAGACUUGAAGAAGAUACAAUUCAAGGAUCAAAGUUGGCUAGGUUUAAAAACCAGAAGCCGAGAUGCAACUCUUUCAAGACAUAAAGGAAUCAGUAUGGCAGACCUAUCGCUUCAUACACAUCUCGCCAGCACACCGAGUGGCGAGACUUGGAGAGGGCGAUGGCAGAACAAUGAUAUCGUUGCCAAGAUAUUAAAUAUCCGCGAAUGUACUGCGCGCAUUUCCAGAGAUUUCAACGAGGAGUUUCCGAAGCUGAGAAUCUUCUCACAUCCGAAUGUCCUACCAGUCCUCGGCUGCGUGAAUCAACCGCCGCAGUUGGCGACUGUCUCCCAGUAUAUGGCACGAGGUAGCUUGCAUCAUCUUCUGCAUGACGGGACGGGUGUGGUGGUGGAUACAGCGCGUGCUCUUCGAUUAGCCCUCGAUAUUGCUAGAGCUAUGGCAUUCCUUCAUGGUUUAGAUCGGCAAAAUAGAUGCAGAUUUCAUCUCAACAGUAAGCAUAUAAUGAUUGACGAGGAUUUAACAGCUCGUGUAAAUAUGGCGGAUGCUAAGUUCUCCUUCCAAGAAGUUGGGCGAAUUUAUGAACCGGCAUGGAUGUCACCAGAAGCCUUAAGUAAACGUUCGGCGGACAUCAAUCAUGAGGCUAGCGACAUGUGGAGCUUCGCUGUUCUUCUGUGGGAAUUGGCGACUAGAGAAGUGCCAUUUGCGGAUCUGUCGCCUAUGGAAUGUGGCAUGAAGAUUGCCUUGGAAGAUUUACGCGUAAGCAUUCCACCGGGUAUUUCUCCACAUCUUGCAAAGCUUAUUCGAAUUUGCAUGAAUGAGGAUCCAGGCAAGCGACCAUCCUUCGACAUGGUUGUGCCGAUUCUCGAUAAGAUGAAACGUUAAAAGUAAUACAGUCAGAAGAAAUAUAUACGGAGAUAUACGUGUUCAGAUUUAAUCAAAUAGUACCUAAUGAAUCUCUAUAUUUAUUAAACUGCCUAAAGAAUUAUUGUUAACAACGAUAGAAUAUUUUUGUAUCAUUGUGUUCCGCAAAUGAACGAAUACUGCCUUUAAAAAACCUAAAUCAAGUUCUAGAUGGACUAAUUUUUAAUCGUUUAUAUUUAAUGUAAAUUUAUAAAUGUCUGUAAAAGCAUGAUUUAUACUCUUAAUCUAUAAAACAAGUUUUUUAAAUGUGUAUCUCGAAGUUUGGUAUCUGUCGAAACAAAUGACAGAACUUUAAGAAGAUUAAAAUAUUUACAUACAUAUUA